AUUUCAGCAACCGCGGAAGCUGCUGCACACAGGCGAGAGGAUGUGCGAGCGAGAUGGUGGUGCAGAUGAAGAUGAGUUGCCACCACUGUAUGAGCGCUUGCUCGUGCAGCGAGGUGCCAUUGCCUCUCUCAAAUGCAGCACAGUGGCCGACAUCGAACUGCCCAGGCACACGAUGCGGUCUGUGAUCACGGUUGGGUGGACCGAGGGCAAGUGGCACAGCGAGUUCUGCUUUCGCGUGCACGUGCUGUGGGAGGUGAUGCCGCGCUUCACGCGCGAAUUCACCGGUGGGCCGGGCCCCGCUGGCCUCGGUGACUUCGCGCUCGCCAGUCACGUAUUUGACGCGUUGGGCGUGCGCGAUGGAGCAUCAGACACGGAGGCGGAAGAAGACUUCACAGACACAGACGAAAGCAGCGAGUAUGCACGGGACAUUGAGAACGAUGAAGAGGAUAGCAUGGGCCAGCUUGACUUGGAUCAGCCCGCCAUUCCCGAAGACGAGCGAUGGAUGCCAGUUCAAUACAGGGAAUCAAGAGGUGCAGCCGUGCAGAACGCAGAGGCCCCCCUUCGAUACAAGCUACCCCCAAUUGAUGCUGAUGUGCAGACGUGGACGACGGUCGGUGUUGUUGCCGGAUCGCUGCAGAAUGCAUGGGGCGACCACUUUAUCUACCUUGCACAUCUCAUCAGCUCGGGGACGCAGCACGUGUUGAAGGUGCACGGCACGAAGAUGUCUGUGGAGGCGGCGAUAGCUGAGCGGCACCGAGAAACGCUGGAAGAUAUAAACGAGGCGCUGCUGAUGGACAGCAACGUGGAAGCGGAGAUGCAGAAGCUAAAGCAGGAGUUUGAGGAGGGCAACUUGUCAUGCGAGACGUUUGUGUCCAUUCUCUCCACGGGCACAGAUGCGCUGGAGGUGGAGUUUGCCCCGACCAUGAUGACUGCGCGAAGGAUCAAGACGAACGCUGCGGUGGUCUGUAUUGAGAGCGUCAACACGCACGGGGCGACAUUUCUGCUCUUCGCAUCAGACAAACACGUGGAGCUGUCACGACCAGCGCGCACAACCGCACACGACAUGCUGCGGGCAACGGUGAAGCAGGCCGUGUUCGUGCUGCGGCAUGUGCUGAGGGACAGGGAAGCAAAGGCAGAGAAGCAGCGCACACUCAGCAUGCUGUACAGCGCCCAUGCUGGUGGUCGUGGUCGUGGUGGCGGUGAUGACGAUGAUAAUGGUGACGUGUUGGAGAGUGAAGGGGAGGAGGAGAGUGGGAACGGCGUCGACGAGAACACGCGAUCGGUUGUAGCCCGGCUUGGCAUGGGCAUCCAGACACUCCCGCACACGCGCGCAGGCGACAGCGACGUGAGCGGCGGCGAGACCGGCAGCGGGGACGAGGACGAAACGGAGUGGGACGACAGCGAGGCGCCCCCGUCCAUGGACGAAUACGGAAGCAGUCUCGCCGUGUCUCGAGAGACCACAGCUGAAUACGACGACGACGACGACGAUGAUGAUGAUGACGACGACGCUGGUGGCAGUGAUGGUGGUGGUGAUGAUGAUUGCAGUGGUGGUGGUGGCAGUGAUGAUCGCAGUGGUGGUGGUGGUCAUCGUCGUCGUGGCAGCGGCGUGCGUAUCAGCAGCAGGCGUCACUCGAGCAAGACAACCAUCGCUGCUGAUGGCGAUGAUGAUGAUGAUGUCGAUGGCGGUGGUGAUGAUGAUGACUACCUGGUGCCCAUCGUGUGGACAACGCGAACGGGCGGCGACGACGACGAUGAUGACGAUGAUGACGAUGACGAUGAUGAUUUUGAGAUUGUCAUCGAAGAGAUUGGCAGUGAUGAUGCUGGUGGUGGUGGUGGUAACAGCAACGGCAGGAGCGAUGACGACGACAGCUGGCUCAGCGGUAGUGACGGUGGCGAUGCUGGUGCUGAGCUUGAUUUGGCAAAUGAGACGUUUGUACUCGGUGACGAUCAAGAUGACAGCGAAGAAAGCGACGAUGACGAUGAUGACGAUGAUGAUGGUAUUGUGUUUGCAGAGGACCCCGAGGAGCGCCGGCUCAACGAGAUGACAGACAUCGACUUUGGUCACAAACCAACAGACAUACCGACCAUGGGGGCGCUGUGCAUUGAUCAAGUGCUGCACUCCAUUCGGUUCCGCGAAGAAGACGAAGAUGAAGACAUGUUUGGCUUUGACUUCAGCAGGGGGAACAGCCAACUGCCAUUCGAUGAUGACGAUGACUAUGAUGAUGAUGAACGCUUUGACGGUGAUAGUUGCGGCCUUCGCUACAGCAGCAUUGGAGGUGGUGACAUGCAGCAUGGUCGUGGUGACAGCGACGGCGGUGAAGAGAAGGUGCAGCUGGCUCGGUUGAUGGGCACUUUUGCCGGCAAAGCAUAUCUGCUCUUCCCAGGCACACGCUUCGAGUUCCAGUCCGCGUCCCCUGUCCACCUCGUUGCGUUUGUGCACCCCGACGCGCGUGUGCACCGUGCAGUGAUGCGAUGGACAGAUGGAGUGCUCGCGGUGCAGCGGAGUGCAAGCUACCACCAGCCGCACACGGGCAGUGACAGCAGCGACGUUGCCGCUGAUGAUGGCGGUGGCGGUGGCGGCGAUGGCUUUGGUGCGACCGGACUGAGUGCCGGGAGUGGUGUCGCUGGCGACGAUGACGACUGGCGGGUGCAAUCGACGAAGCGACCGUGGCUCCCCGCGCCGCUGACCACCAUCACAGACGACAUUGUUAUCAUCCUCUCAACCAUGAUGGGCCCAACCAUGGUGUUCAGGGAGCCGUUUGAGCACGGGUUUGAUCACGGAUAUCCGCUGGCCCACAGCAACGACUGCGACACUGUCACGUGCUAUCUCAUGGCAGACCUUUUCCUGACGGGCGCGACCACGAUUGCACUCGGAACAUUCUCUGGCUGGGUCCUCAUCUACGCCUUUGAUGGCACCAUGUAUCAGCUCGUGUCGCGGCUGAAGGUUCCCGGACCUGUGCAGUCGAUGUGCCAAGCACACAUCAUCAACACCGUCGUGCCAGACAUUCUCGUGCACACCCCCACGACAACACACAUCUUCCAGCUGCAACAGGACCUGCUGCUUGCGGCCAUUGAGGAGUUGGUUGCUGUCGAUGGCAGCGGGAGCGACCACCACGCCGUGGACGGUCAUCAUGGCGGUGGUGAUGACGAUCAUGAUGAUGAUCAUGAUGAUGGUGGUGAUGGUGGUGGUGAUGGUGGUGGUGAUGGUGACUUCAUGGAUAGCCCUGACGACCAGAGUGCCCGAUGUGAGGACAGCGUCGAUGAAGACGGAGAGGAGCAGGAGACUGGCGGGGAUGGUGAUGGAGAACGAUGAACACACUGACUGUGGAAUUUCAUCAACUGUAAUGGACAUAUCUGCGCUGGUGCUAAUGAUCGUAUUGUAAAGAAAUCGUGGUUAACUUUAUAUGACUGACAUUGUUGGCAACUCUGUAUUGGUUGGUGUGGAUGUGACGACGUGACGAGUGCAAUGGUGCUGCUGUGUGCGUCGGCAGAGACUUAAACAGACGCAGC